UCCGCCAUCUUUCGCGCGCUGCGGUUUCAACGGUGUUCGUUGGGAACGGUUCGGUUUCGAAACAUUGUGUGUGAGACCUCCUAGUCAACAUUCGUCUUACUUGGUGAACACUACAUGCUUUAGCACCAGUGCUCCUAGGUGUCUGUUGCCGUGUAAAUGUUCGGACUGCCGGCGAUUUGCUGUGCAAGUUCACUUUUGUGCCCCAUAUCUUGUACCAUGGCAACACAAAACCAGAUUCCAGAAGAACUCGACUACGGUAUCUCGACGACCUCUCGUCUGCUGGUGAUGGGAACGCUUGUUCUGUUCAUCAUCGGCGGCGUGCUGGCUGUCGUUGGUAUAGGUUACAACAGUCAGCAAAAGAUGUACGGAGGCAUCGUGAUAAUCGUCAUCGGCGUUAGCAUGUACACUCUUACCAUCAUGUUCACUAGCAUCCGAGGACCACCGACUGGUUUUGAGCUCAAAGGCUUCGAAGCUGUCGCCAAAGUCAAGCCAGCUACUUUUCGCCCAGCCCUACUAUCUCGGUUGUUUUACCUCAUCGCUGCCAUCCUCUUCUCCUCCGGCUGCGUCCUGGUGAUCAUCGGCUUCAAUCGGGGAGUCUAUUACCUCUGGAUACCUGGUUACGCCAUGUCCUUGUUUGGUUUCCUGGCGUACACGCUCACCAUCAUGUACGGCCCCAUGAACGUCAAGCCUGGAGCUAUGGUCGUCGCGUUUCCCGACGACAAUCUCAACCGCGUGAUUGCAGGAGAGCUCGAAGACGCAGUGGGACCUCGGAUGGGUAUUAUCACACCUGGCGAAAACGGUGCCUCAUUUGCCCCAACCUUGAUAGGGUAUGAGCCACUAACUCCUCGGGGUAGACAAGCCUACCUUCCCGAACAAGGAAUAGAUGUCGUUCCAAUGGCCAACGUUGCUAGACCGGCAGGUCGUAAUGUGUUACCCUACCCAGUGAGACAAUGAGUUGGCGUAGUGUGAUUAGUCCGAUGCUCAAUAUUGUACAUAUCACAUAUCACUCUGAUCGUUUGAAUGGAAGUAUAGUAAUUUUUUCACUCUG